AUGGCUUCAACCCAACCAGAAGCUGAUGCCAAUGAACCAAAUCAAACGCCUAGCGAUGUAGAAGUCGACCAUGGGUACGACAGCGAAGACUCGGGUUUUGAGCCAGAUUUGGUCUUGACACAAUGCGUUCGGUCAAGCAUAUACCAAUACAAGGUCGAGAAUGGCCGGACAUGCCAUGCAUAUAAAGAAGGCCAAUAUUUCAUGCCAAACGACUUAGCCGAGCACGCGCCUAGAAUUGCAACACCGCGCAAUGUUCUUGCCGCGAGGGCCAAGCUCUUAUAUGCACCCGCCAUCGAUGUAGCCGACGCGCACCCCGAGGCUAUAGUGACAGUUGUAGACUUGAGUCCUAUUCAGCCCUCGCUCGGUCCACCAAAUGUCAGAUGGGAGAUAGAUGAUGUCGAGGACGAUUGGACAUGGCCGCUAGACCCCUUCGAUCUGAUAUACAGCCAAUUCAUGCUCAGCGGAAGCAUCGCCGAUUUUCAAAAGUAUUUUCAACAGGCUUUUAGACACUGCAGACCAGGUGGCUACUUUGAGCUCCACGACCUGGCCACAUCCCUACGAAGCGACCAUGCUCCGAUUAGCCCAGACAGCGCCGUCGACGAGUGGUGUCGCCUCAUGCGACAAGGCAUCACCGGCAUGGGACGCAGGCUUGACCUAAACUUUGAAGAACUCGGGGAUCUAAUGCGAGAAGUUGGCUUUGUCGGCGUGGUUGUCCGGCCGUUCAAGAUCCCUAUAGGCCGAUGGCCGUCUGAUAAAAGGAUGAAGGAAGCAGGACUGUUUCAACUGUCUGCGAUGCUGAAUGGCGUCGAAGCAUUGACACUCGCCGUCUUUACGCGCUGCUUGGGCUGGGAGGCAGAACGUGUUCAAGUAUUCCUUGCUGGUGUGAGGAAAGAGUUUAAAGCCACAAAACGCUAUACUUACUGGCCAUGGUACGUUAAUGACCGAGUGCGAAUCGAUUAUGCUGACAUCUCUUGCACGCAGCGCCGUCAUUUACGGCAGAAAGCCUCGACCGGUGCCCGAAUAGGCGAUGCACUGUAA